AUGCAUUGCAAUCCCUCUGUUCUCUCUGGCCACUUCAAGAUCGCCACGCAAUUCCUCGCUUCUUUCAUGUCGCGUCGAUCGCAUUCUACUUCACCUUCACCUAGACCCCAGAAGCGUGCAAAGUUGGAUCACCUCACUCAAGAGGACUUCAAGAAUGGGGUUUUCCUGGCUCCUAUGGUUCGCUCUGGCGCUUUACCGACACGACUCUUCGCAUUGAAACAUGGCGCUACGUUGGUGUGGGGACCGGAAAUUGUGGAUAAAGCAAUCCUUCAUGCGACUCGAGAAGUGGAUCCUGAAACUGGCGUCAUCUCGUAUAAUGGCGUCUCUCGCGCGAUUUUCACGACGCAUCCCAUCGAGAAGCCCUACCUCAUCUACCAAAUCGGUUCAGCCGACCCCGAACUCGCGGUGCAAGCAGCGAAGACAGUUCUGCAAGAUAUCUCCGGUGUCGACCUGAAUUGUGGAUGCCCAAAGCCCUUCUCAACGCACGCCGGUAUGGGUGCCGCGCUUCUUACGAACCCGGACUUGCUAUGCUCGAUCCUUUCCGCUCUUCGGAAAGAAAUGCCUCCCAAUAUAACAGUGACCGCGAAGAUCCGUCUCCUGCCCUCGCAAGAAGAUACCCUUAAGCUCGUCGAGCGGAUUAUCAACACUGGAAUCAGCGCUCUGACAGUGCACUGUCGGACGCGCAACAUGCGCGAGAAGGAUGCGGCCCUUAUUGAGAGGCUACGAGGGAUCGUCAAUUUCGUGGAAGGGAUGGGAGGGGGCAUUGCUGUGAUUGAGAAUGGGGAUUGCAAGGGUUGGGAGGAUGCGAAGCGGGUACAGGAGGUUACUGGCGCUCAUUCAGUCAUGAUCGCGCGAGGUGCUGAAUCGAACCCAUCCUGUUUUUCGUCGAACCCUUUGAAAGAUGUCGAGAGAACAUUGGUGCCGUCAUAUUUGCGCGUUAGCCAAUAUCUCCAGAACCAUUGGAGUUUGACUAAAUUCUGUGUCAAUCAAUUCAAAGGCAUUCGUGUCGAAGUGACGAAGGCUGAGUCGCAUGAGCUUCACCAAACACUAUCUCAGGCGAAAGGUUAUGGAUACAUGAAGGAUGUCAUGGGCCCUGCAACCGGCAAAGAAGAUUUCCAAGAAAUUGUCAAUUCCAUAGAAGAAAUUUCGCCACGCGAACACAGAAUGCUCGUAGAGGAACAAUCUCUAGCUUCAGAGUCAGCACCUCCUGAGCCGACAGCAAGAGCAGACUCGCCGAACCUACCUCUUCGCGAUAUGCAGGACGAAAUCGUCACACCAGAAGGGACCCAAAAUCCUGAACCACCUGGAUCCGGUGCACCUUUUCUUCCCAGCGAGACGAGCAAGGUGUAUGCCACGAUUCCAGGACGUGAUGCCACGACACCAACACCCAGUGGAAGCCUCUCUCUUGCUUCCAUGUAG